UAUAAAACGAACAGAAUUAUAGGUAAACAAAUUAAAUAAUAUUACAAUAUCGUUUCUAACAUAUACUCAAAACUUGGUGACAUUGGUUGAAAGAGUUAAAAACGCAAAAGGUUAGCAAGCUGUUUGAACAUUUUAUCAUAAAUAAAUAAAUAAAAGAAAGCAAGCAAGCUAGCUGCAGCCGAGCAGACCUCAAAUUAAGUCAAACUCCAUAUAACAAUUUUGGAACAUAAGCUCUAUCGCCGCUUUGUUCCACUCUAUACAUCAGCGGGCUUUACCAAGUAAUAAAAAACAAAGUACCAGACUUAUUAUGCAUAGCUCCAUUUGGCAACCUUACAGGCUACAGCUAACGAAUUUCUUAUAUCCAUCGCCGGCGUCCCUCCAAUGAUGCUUCAAAUCCACAUCAUGUACCUCUUUCUUCUCUACUAUAUAUAUGUCCUUGAAAUGAGUGGUGGAACAAAGUAAAACACUAGCAUUUUCAACUUCUCAAACAUGGAGAAAACGAAAUGCAGAGUGCUGGAGAUUGUUGUUUUCAUUGGAUUGGUUCUCAAUAUUUUCAAUUUCACACCAGCUGAAGCUGAACUACUGAAACUGGUUAGCCCAGUGAACCAGAAUGAGAAGCAAAGCAGCUCGCAAACUUAUAUUGUUCAUACCAAGAAGCCAGGGUCUGGUGUUUCUUUGCAGUCUCAUGAAGAUUUAAAGAGUUGGUAUGAAACUUUUUUGCCUGCUACCACGGCCAGCUCAAACCAGAAGCCUCAAAUUAUCCACGCAUAUCGGAAUGUGGCCACCGGGUUUGCAGCGAGAUUAACAGCUGACCAAGCGAAAGCCAUGGAAAAGAAGGAAGGUGUUUUGUCUGCUCAACCUGAUACGAUAUUGCCUUUGCAUACUACUCACAGUCCUAGUUUCUUGGGGUUGAACAGAGGAUUGGGAUUCUGGAAAGAUUCAAGUUACGGAAAAGGUGUGAUUAUUGGUGUAUUGGACACGGGGCUUUGGCCUGAUCAUCCUUCGUUUAGCGAUGAAGGUGUUCCUCCUCCACCGGCUAAAUGGAAAGGAAAAUGCGAGUUCAAUGGUACGGUUUGCAAUAAUAAGCUGAUCGGAGCAAGAAACUUUCAAGGUUCUGGCAGAAGUGGCAGCGCAGCUGGGCCGCCAUUCGAUGAGGAAGGUCAUGGAACUCACACAGCCAGCACAGCUGCUGGAAAUUUUGUAAAUGGAGCCAAUGUAUUUGGAAAUGCCAAUGGCACAGCCGUCGGAAUGGCUCCGUAUGCACAUUUGGCCAUUUACAAAGUCUGUUCCGAGGCAGGUUGUUCUGGAGCCGACAUAUUGGCCGCAAUGGACGCCGCGGUUGAGGAUGGUGUGGAUGUUCUCUCCCUCUCGUUGGGCGGUGGCUCUGCUCCUUUCUAUGUAGAUCCAAUUGCAUUGGGUGCAUUUGGCGCAACCCAGAAGGGAAUUUUCGUCAGCUGUUCAGCUGGAAAUUCAGGUCCUGAAAAUGAAACUUUAUCAAACGAAGCCCCUUGGAUUCUCACAGUCGGAGCAAGCACCAUUGAUAGAACAAUCAAAGCCACAGCUAAACUCGGAAAUGAAGCUGAAUACGACGGUGAAUCCCUAUUCCAGCCUAAAGAUUUCGAACCCACAUUGUUACCUCUUGUCUACGCCGGUGCACUUGGAAAUGAAUCCUCUGCUUUCUGCGAAGAAGGAUCGUUGACGAGCUCCGAUGUCAAAGGAAAAAUUGUGGUGUGCGAAAGAGGAGGAGGGGCAGGAAGAAUUGCAAAAGGAGAAGCAGUGAAAAAUGCCAGCGGUGCCGCAAUGAUUCUCAUAAACGAAGAGCCAGACGGUUUUAGUACUUUAGCCGAUCCUCAUGUUCUUCCAGCAACUCAUGUGAGUUAUGAAGCCGGAUUGAAAAUCAAAGCCUAUAUAAAUUCAACCCAAAAUCCAACAGCAACAAUCAUAUUCAAAGGAACCGUAAUAGGAGACCCAUCUGCUCCCGCAGUCACUUCCUUCUCAUCAAGAGGUCCAAGCUUCGAAAGCCCAGGAAUUCUAAAACCAGACAUUAUUGGUCCAGGCGUCAGUAUCCUAGCAGCAUGGCCUCUUUCAGUAGACAAUUCAACAAACACAAAAGCUACAUUCAACAUUAUCUCAGGAACCUCCAUGUCUUGCCCUCAUCUCAGCGGCAUUGCAGCUCUGCUCAAGAGCUCGCACCCGGACUGGUCGCCGGCAGCCAUAAAAUCCGCCAUCUUAACCACCGCCAAUUUAGUAAACCUCGGAGGCAAGCCCAUUGUUGAUCAAACAAACAACGCAGCGGAUAUCUUUUCCAUUGGAGCAGGACAUGUGAACCCAUUGAAAGCAAACGAUCCCGGAUUGAUUUACGAUCUCAAGCCGGAAGAUUACAUUCCUUAUCUCUGUGGAUUGAACUACACAGACAGAGAAAUUGCGGUCAUAACACAACAGAUUGUGAAGUGCUCUGAAGUGGGAAGCAUAUCGGAAACACAGCUGAAUUAUCCAUCGUUUUCUGUGCUUUUGGGAUCCGAAAGUCAGAGCUUUACGAGGACGGUGACGAAUGUUGGUCCGGCUAAUUCGACUUACACGUUGGUGCUCGAUGUGCCGAGAAAAACGGGGAUGAGUGUGAAUCCUACACAGUUGUCGUUCACGGAGGAAAACAAAACGGCAACGUAUUGGGUUGAAAUUAUACCAGAAGAUGGAGCGGGAAAGGAUGGUAAUGCAUUUGCUGAGGGAUCUUUGACUUGGGUUUCCGGUGAUUAUUCCGUUAGGAGCCCGAUAUCGGUGAUAUUUGUAUGAAAAAUUCGAAUUUGAUGGUGGGAGAUUCGGGAGUUUUAGAUCAAUAAUA